UCCGGUCGCGUGAGGCCUUCCUCGCGCGGGUUGCCCCCUCUUCCUCGGAGCGGCGCUUCAUUCGCCAGGCGGCUCCUCUUCGGAAGGAGACGGUUUUGAUUUUAGGGGCGGCGGCAGCAGCAGCAGCAGCGGUUGCGUUCAUGUCGCGAAGGCGCGUCUCCGCCAGCCCGGAGCUGAGCUGGCGACAGGAUCAGGCACUGAGCACCACCAUGCGUAUCGUGCGGGAGCUGGGCCCCACCGCUUUCAUCCUGCAGGAGGAAGACCGGAGGGCGGCGGAGCUCAGGGUUUCCCUGGGGAACCCGCAUUCAUGCAGCUGCUCAGUAUUUCUGAAAGAGAAGGACCUUUGUAAACAUAUCUGCUGGUUAUUACUAAAAAAGUUCAAACUUCCAAGAGACCAUGAAUAUGCUUUACAGAUUGGUCUGUUAGAACGAGAAAUUAACUAUCUGCUUCAAAGUCCACAACUUUCUCCCCAAGUAAAAGUAAUUGCCCAUUCUCUUAAGGAAUUGAAAACAGUUGAUGAUGGGUAUGUUAAACAAAAAAAUAUUGAUAAUGAGGAUAUAUGUCCUGUUUGCCAGGAGACGCUACUCAAAAAAAUGCUUCCUGUCACUUAUUGCAGGUUUGGUUGUGGGAACAACAUACAUAUAGUGUGUAUGAAAAUUUUGAUUGAUCAUCAGAGAGAUUUAGAGAAAAAUUCUUUAGUAAAGUGCCCUCUAUGCAGGGAAAAUUUUGCACCACUGAAGCUUAUCUUGGAAGAAUUCAGAAACUGCAAAAAACUUGUGACUGCAGCAGAAAAGCAAAGUCUUAACAAACACCUUGGAAUCCCUUGCAAUAAUUGCAGAGUACUACCCAUUGAGGGAAAUUGCUACAAGUGUACUGAAUGCAGUGAUUACCAUCUAUGCCAUGGAUGUUUUCAAAGCUUUUGUCAUCCAUCACAUACUUUUUCUUUCCGAGAGAAAAGGAAUCAGAGAUGGAAAUCAUUUGAACCAAAAGUGCAACUGUCAACAACAGAAGAAAAUCCAAAGAUUAAUCCAGAAGAGAAGUUUAUAGAAGAAAAAAACAAGGAACAAUUCAGCUGCAUACCACAGCAGGUGGUGAACUCAAUACCCAAUAUGGUGAUUAGAAAGGGCAGCCCUUUACUUGAUCCAGGUUUACAGUGUAGACUCUGUUUGAAGAUAUUCUGCCUUGGCCAAGUCACAAGGACCUUACCAUGUAAUCACAAGUUCCACAGAAAAUGCAUUGAUCGUCGGUUGCAGAAAGAAAAUGCAUGCCCUAUUGAUGACCAUGUUGUAUAUAAUCCAUUAACUUGGGAGACGGCACCAAGCAAAGACAAAGUAAAUCAAUUAGGGUCUCAAGCAAAGCACCUCCUUGCAAAGCAGCCUGGGCUGGAUCUUUUUAUACCAGGCACUGGAUUGUCUAUCAAACAAAUAAAGCCUCACCAUGUCACAGAGGUAUCUCAAAGUAGUUUUCAAGGAAACUGGAAUAAGAAAAAAAAUUCUGCAGAGACUGAGCAAAAUUUAACAUUGAAUGGUUUCAGCUAUCCUUGUACCAGAGAUGCUGGUUCUAGCUUGCUUAACACUCAAAAACCAAGACAUUUGAAAUUUUCUAGACAUAUGAAGGGUUUAGUCCUUAUCCCAAAGGCUCAUGCUGAUACAGUUACCGAUAAAGUAGUUGGUACUAAUUUAAGAUUAUAUGCAAAUUGAAAGACCGAUUAAAAUUGUAACGCUACAUAUUUUUUUAAGAAAAUAGAUUCUAUUGUAGUUGUUUGGAUGUACAAAGGAUCCAGAUGCUUUAGUUUUUUAUAUAAAUUUAAAAAAUGUGAAAAUCAUUUUUAUUUGGUUUGAUGUUCAAUAAAGUUUUACAUAAAAUAGUGUUUUAUCAGCAUUAAAAAAAGUCUCAAAGGAUUUUUUUGGCUGCAGUAAAUUAAACUUUUUCUUUAAGAUUAAAUAUCUAAAUUAUAUUUUUGAAUAUAUAAAAAGAUCAAGAUCCAACCAUUUGUCACUCAACUAUUUGUCCCAAUUCCGUUUCUUAAUUGAUUUAAACUCUAAUUUCAGCUUAAACGGUAACUACCCAUUUUUGUGGAAAUAUUUUUCUUGCUACAUUUGGUAACUGUUUUAUUGUUUUAACUGAAUAAUAAUGUUAAUCCAAAUUCUAAACUAAGUUUAUACUUAUUAGCAUCUUCAUUGUUUGUGUCCCUUGGGAGAGAGAGAGAUAAUUAAUAAAAAAACAUUUCUUUCUUGCCGAUAAAAGUGGAAUCCCCUACAAAGAGAUAAAUUGCUCUUGUAAUGGCAUUGUAAUAAAAAUGUUUUAUUUAAUCAUGAAUGGUAGCUCUAGUAUGAACCAGCAAAUAAAUGUAAUAGGAAAUAUUGCUUUUAUAAUAUGAACAAUAGCAGGUAUAGCAAAAUAUAAACCAAACUAAUUGGAUGUACAAUUUCAAUGGCCUACAAACUGGAACAAAUGUUUUACAAAACUGCCAUCCAUAUUAAUGUAUUAAAGUUGAGUUAUGUAAAAGUCCCCAAGUAUUAUCCUGUUACUUCUUUCAGUUUAUGUUAAUAAAGAGCUAUACAUA